CUGUCAUACCGCGUACGUAUAGUGUUUUUUACGGGCAUCGUUCUAAAAAUAAGUUGUAAUAAUUAUAAUUUUAUGUAGCGGUCGCAGCAGAGACGGUUUUCUGUCGAUUUUUUUAUUUUACUGACUAGAAGUGAGUGAUUUGUGAUUGAUAGUGUUUGUGGCGGUGCAGAUGCAGGGGCUCGUAAGCGACAAGACGUUCCACUUGAAGUGGAACAACCACCUGCAGAACCUGAGCCAGCUGUUCACGACCAUCUACUCGUCGUCGGCGCUGGCCGACGUGACGCUCUCCUGCCGCGAUGGGACCCUCAAGGCGCACAAGCUCGUGCUCUCAGCGUGUAGCCCGUACUUCGAGCAAAUAUUCAAGGACAACCCAUGUCAGCACCCCAUCGUGAUACUAAAAGGGAUACCAUUCUCGGAGAUAAAUCUCUUGGUCGAGUUCAUGUACAAAGGUUCAGUGGAUGUACAAGAGCUGGACCUUCAAUCAUUAAUGCACACAGCCUCAGAGCUAGAAAUCAGAGGAUUAGCAUAUGAGGCAAGAGAUAAUGCUGCACAGCUUUUAAAUGUUAAUUUGGAGUACCCUGCCUAUGGACAAAACGCCACUUCAACACCUACCGCAGCUACAUCAGCAACAGUUUCUACAUCACAGACAUAUCCUCAAGCUCGCACAGAUGUUGAAAGGCUGAAACAGAUACACAUGUACCAACAGUCAAUGAUGCGGGCCGAUGAGAUACGUCGACGGCGAAGAGAAGACAUGCCAACCACACAAACAGCAGUUAACAAUAUCCUAGCUGCGGCUGCCAGGGAAAUGGAAGAGGCGAGGCACGCUGCACGGACCGGAGACCGCGUCGUUGCCAGUAUACAAACUGAGCAAGAAGCAACUGCAGCCUCUGAGCUUAAACGUGAUCUAGAAGACGACAGACCGAAAAAACGUUCCUCAAUCAUGUCUCCAGAAGAUGACAAGUUACGAGCCAAGAAGAAGGCUAUGACUGUACGCUUCCAAGAAGAAAAUAAGACUGAAGAGGGCCCCGCCAAAAUUAUGUCACCGGGUGCCACAAACUCUAACCACGGCAGCAAUGACUCCAAAACCGAGGACCUGAAGUCCGGCGGCAUCAAAGUAGUGCAGCUGGCCGUACUGCAGAAACCCACCAACAAUGAACAUGAUGACUCAGACGAAAAACUAAACAAGCAUGGAUUAGAAGAUGAUGAAGAAACAGAUUCAAGCGGUUCAAUAUCGGACUCAGCGGUUAACGAGUCGCAGGACGGACGACCACACGUGUGCGACAUAUGCGAUGUCAGGUUCGCGCGCUCGUCGCACCUGUCGCGGCACCGGCUCACGCACACGGGCGAGCGGCCCUUCACGUGCGGCGGCUGCGGGCGCUCCUUCGCGCGCUCCGACAAGCUGCGCGUGCACACCAAGAUUUGCGAGCGGGAGGACCCCACGGUCGACAUGAGCGAUGUGAAGCGGGACACGUCAGAAGUUAUGUCUGGGAUGGUGCGUACAACUCACCGGGAGUCCGGCCACCUUGUAUUCACGGCCAGUGGUGACGUCAUGUUGCCCCCCCGGGGCCCCGCCCCGGAGCCCCGGGACGACCCCACCGACCCGCCCCGUAGAGGACGUGGUCGCCCCCGCAAGACUCCGCUACCAUUAACGCCUAAGAUCAAGAAGCGACGUGGACGACCGCCUAAGACAUCUUUAGACAUGGAGGGCUGCGUGCUGACGGGCGGCGCGGUGGCGGGCGGCGCGCUGGCCUCCCACCAGCUGCUGCUCAAGCGCAAGCGCGGCCGCCCGCCCAAGAACUACUUCCUGCCGCGCGCCGGUAUGGAUAUGUCAAUACCGAUGCAGUACGGGCUAGCCGCGGAAAUGAGCAAGUUUUACGGUCGCCCGAACGAGAACUACAACGCGACGAAUCUACCUUUCGGGGACUUCUCUUACCUUACCGAGAUGAUGUACAACCCGCUCGCGUACUCAUAUGGUGUAACGAGCGUUGACCCCGAUAGAAACGUGGAUAUUGACCCCUCGGAGCACACGGACGCAACUGAGCACGGAGACGUAGAGCACGGAGACGGGGAGCACGGGGAGGGGGGCAGGUCUGAGCAUGAACGCACCAUUGAUGUAUCUGACUCGUCAUCGUCAGACGAAGAUCGUGACGAAGAGCCUGAAGCUCAUAUCAUGACAGUAGGUGACUGCCAGAUCGUAAAACUACCGCCAGCUGAAGAAGAGCGCGCUGAUGUCCCCGAUGGUCACUCGCUGACCACUGUCCCCGUUUCCACCACACCUUCAGCGCCCAGCUCCGUCACCAUCACCCCCAUCACCACGGUGGGUGAUUGCACCAUACGUCCCGUCGAAAACACAUAAUGCGAGAACCUUAGGGUCUACCCCGUCCUCUUGAUACCCUUCAAGUGGAAAUAGAUUGAGAAAAUCGCUCGGUGAACCUUCCGACGUGUUCGCGAUCGGUUCGCUUUCUUAUACCUAGGGCGGUGCCGUGGCCGGAUCACGUAGUCGGUGAGAAAAACGAGAUUACUCAAAAUUUUCCUUAGACAUACGAGGAAGUAAACCGGCGUGAACCCUAUGAUUUGCGUGUUACAUUCCAAUGUUUUGUUUCGUUCCAAUGUUUCGUUUAUUGAUAUAAAAUCUUGUUGCUUAGUGCAAGCCCAAACUCUCGAAAAUAAUUUAAUUAGUAAAGCCUUGUAAUGUAGCAUUACUUCGAGUUUCUUGUUUUUAUCAGAACGUAACGUAAAAAACUUAAGGUCUUACAUACUUCUAGCGGUGUCUAAAAUGCGUUAAAAGUAAAACUGUUUUUAGAAGAGAUAGCAAUAGAAAUUAAUAAAAAUAAUUUUUACA